CACCACCGGCUGCGCGAGGCCCUGCGCGUGGCCGCCUUUGGCACCCGCAGCCUCCUGCCCGUGGUCGCCUACUCCCGCCUCUCCUUCCGCCGCUCACCCCGAUUCCUGGAGCUGGCUGACCUGGUGCACACCAUCGGGGAGAGUGCGGCGCUGGGUGCGGCUGGACUUGUACUCUGGGGGGACAUGUCAUACUCCCGCUCAGCUGAGAGCUGUGCCAGUCUGCGCCACUAUCUCGUGUCCACCUUGGGUCCCUAUGUGGCCAACGUGACAGCAGCAGCCCGGGAGUGCAGCUAUGGGCAGUGCCAUGGGCAUGGGCGCUGUGUGCGCCGGCAGCCCCACGACUUGGGCAGCCUCUUGCACCUCGGCCCCAGCCCUCGCCCGCCGGCCGCUUUCCGCUGCCACUGCUACCGUGGCUGGGCCGGUGAGGACUGUGCCCAGCAGGUCCAGCCUGGGCCUGCCACCCCCUGCCUGCCAUCCACCCCUGCUCAUGGCGUUUGUGGGCACAGUGACCUCAUGCCCUCUGACACCUGCCUGCCACAGGACACCUGGGUCCUGCAGAGCCAGUCGGUGCGGGCACUGGCCCAGGGUCGGCAGAGCCAGGAGGACAACGUGCACCAGCUGCGGGCAACCAGCAGGCAGCUCUGGGCUCGCCUCAAUGCCAGUACUGAGCCUGGUGGGCACCGCUGA